CCGGCCGAUGGGCGGGCUCACCGAGAUCAGCCCUUCGGCAGCUGCCCCCCGACUCCCAAAUACGGGCAGGAAGCCCGGCCAGGAGCAGGGAGAGGGCGCCGGGGGUCCCCUCCCGCCGGGGGCGUGGGCUGGAGGAGGAGGCGGCGGCAGCAGCUUCGAGAGCGGCCGCACGGGGUCAGGGAGGCGGCCCGCCAUGGACGAGGGCUGCGAGGACGAGUACUACUUGGACUUUCUGGCGUGCUCGGAUGUCCUGAGAGACGAGGACAAGGCGCGAUGGCAGCACCGCCUGGGCUGUCCGUGUCCUCUCCUCCUCGUCCCCGAGAACUGCCUGACCCAGGGUGAGGCUCCAAACGUGGCGGUGACCGGUGCGUGUCCUCAGGGACUGAGAGGCGCCGGGGCAGGGAGACCAGCAGCCGGGGCCAUCCUUGCAGCCGACGGCUCGGAUCCCGGGCAUUCUCCUCCCCCACGCCGAGCGACGGACGGCGGCACUCCGACCCCGGGGGCGGUUCGCCACACGGAGAGCAGGCUGGCCCCAAACCACCGCCAGCAUCCUGUCAGCCCUCCACCCGACCUGGGAAAGAACUCAACUCCGUCUGCACAGCCGGCAGCUGGCGAUCGUGGGGGACUAGGAGGAGCGCGAAUGGGUUCUGAGGACAGCACUGACCAUUGGAGUGUCAGGGCUGAAAUGCAAUCUUUACUUUUAAAAGAUGGAGAAACUAGUUUUACUAGAAAUGCUACAAGCUCAGCAAGCAAUGAAGAUGAUCCCAGUGCUUGUCAUGGCAGAAAGACAGAUCUUUUGACUUGGAACAAGUAUGUUAUGCUUUCAUCUCAAGAAGAUAAGUGUGACCGCAAAUGUGAAUGUGACAGGCUCAGGACAGACUGCAAAAUCUUAAAUAAUGCUCUGAUUGGAGACAAUGUCACUUCACAAAGCAGUGACUUUAAAGAAAUGUAUCAUAUUCAGGAUGACAAGCAAGUACAGGAAAAAACAUCAUGUUUUAUUAUGAAUGAUGAUGUGUUAACGUAUAUGAGCAAAAAAUAUGAAGAAAGUAAUCGUGGCUACAGGGCUCAAUGCCCCAAACCACUUACUGACUCCUCAGUAGGAGAUUUCUGUAUAGAAAAUGAGAAUUUAGAGCAUUGUGAGAACUCUCCCAUUUAUGAUAAAGAACUGGAAACUUUAGAACAACCAUCUGAACUAUGUGCUCGCAAUGCAUGCCUUCUACCUUCAAUUGUUUGUAGCAAUUCUAAGUCUGACACAUUCAAAGUAGAAGACACAUGUGUGAGCAUAGAUCCAUAUCUGGACGUUCCACCAUGUUUAACUGUACCUGUUCAAAUUCAGGAUAUUUCAGGAUCAUCAAACACCAGCUCCACUGCAUCCCUAGUUGAUGAUAAAGGUUCUGAAAUCAAAUUAAAAUCAGUUUCAAAUGUUAACACUAAUGAUAGUGAUGGGCCCGCACAUGCUGAAGACAUAUUUCAAAUCAAUAAAUACCAAGAUAGUAAGUCUCAUGAGAUGAAUGCAUGUGGCUAUGAGUGUGCACAUGUAGACUCAAAGGUUGUUUGUCCAAAAGCAAUGCUACAAAACCUUGACAAAUGCAAAGAACUAACUGAGGAAUUUGAACAACCAGCAAAGGAGAAUAGAACAAGCCAUGAAGGUGCUGCCAAAAGCCUCAGCCUUCCUCUCAACAGCACAGAAGAACAAGAACGGUUACAAGGAAAUUUAAAUGCUUUGAAAAAUAAAUUACGUGAAGAAAAUAGAUCAACACAUCAGUCAAUGCAGUUGUUUGAGACAGCAGAAAUUGAAGCCCAUAAUAAAAAAGUAGUAUCCAGCUUCCAAGAAACUAGCAGAUCUGCAACCUGUCAACAAGAGGAACAGCAGCCUGUUGAACAACCUGCACUGUUUGAAGGUAAUUUAGAAAUCCAAUCAAAUAAACUGGUAUUCUUCAGUAGUAAAAGUGAUGGCACAGAUUGGCCAUUACAGCAAAUGGAAUAUAAAAUAAUCAGUACCACUACUGAACCUUCAGUCAUUACUCAUCAAGAUGCUAGCACAUUCACACUUACAGACAACAAGAAACUGAAAAAUAAUGAGCCAUCUCCUUUCAAAAAUCCUCAUUGGAAGAGCUCAAGAGAUUUUACUAAAGGCAUCAAUUAUGAAGAUAUUUUGGACGUGUCAUAUAUUGAAAAUGAAGGUCUUCGUGAAAUAGAAAAUGAUGUAAAUCAUGAAUACCUGGGAGAUGUUUUUCAUGAGGAGAAUAUGAACCAGCAAUUUUGUAAUUCCACAGAAACAGCCAUAUCUCCUGUUAGAAAUCCAUCAACUGAAAAUGAGCAUUUCAACUUUCAGUCAAGAAUUGUCCAACAUUCAAAUUCUGAAACUGUGUUGGAUUUGGAAGAUCAUCUUACAGCACUUCAGUCCAAUAAUGAGCCUGAAGUUGUGAAAUUCAGUGGCUUGCAAUCAUCUACUCCAGGUUUGACAGAACAAUAUAUUUCUCCUUUAACAGAACAGAAUCAAAAAAGAUUGAUUAAGAUUGAACCUAACACUGCAAGGGACAUCAUGGAGUGUGUGGAGUAUCCUGUCCCAAAUGAAGAAAAACCAUCAACAGUAUGUAUACCAAUUUUUGACCAAUCCUACAGCCUUCAGCAAGCACCGAGACCAAUUCAGAACUCAGUGGAACAUGUCGUUGAAAUUGAUAUGCAAGUUAAGUAUGGAGAAGUGCAACACUUGGAAGAUAUCGAAACAGUUGAGACAGACAGUUUGAAAUCUCCAUCAAUUGAUGACUCAAAUCUGAAUAUAACUCAGAAAUUUCAACCUACACUUCAAAAUAACAGCCAUUUGGAAUGUUUGUCAACACCAACUGCAGAGGAAACUACUGCCACAGACAAAAUCUCUGACAUUGGCAUUAAUGUAGCUGCAGAUUUUAAAUGUUCAGAAGAUUCUUCAUCAUAUUUUGAUGAGAAUGUUGCUUUUCAAGGUGAAUUUGGCCAUCCUGAGAAGAACUCAGAAAAUCACAACGUAACAUCCCCAAGGUGUGGUAGUGAAAUAGAUCAGGGCCAUGUUAAUGACAAAAAGAGAUCAACCCCAGAAAAUUUAGAAUCAGCGACACAUUCAAUCAAUUUAAUGAUGAAAGUUCCACCUGUCACUGAACAGGUUAAGUAUUUAGAAGUUAGAUCAACAACAAUAGGCUUGAAUGAAAACAGUCAAAAAGUGGAAUACUUAAAUGAUUGUAAGUUAAAUCAAAAUGAUGUGUCAAAGUGUUCUGUAAUAAAUAUGAAUGAAAUUGAAGGGAUACAAUCAAAAGAACAUCUUGCAAAAUACAAGGAAAAAGAAUCUGCAGUAGUCACAGAAGAAUACAAUAAAACUAUUCAACACAAUGAUUGUUCCCAGUCAGCUGCUGUCAGCAGCAUAGAAUUGAGCCUAAUUACUCAUCCCGUUGUAGGUAUAAAAAUGAAUGGUGAUUCUGAUGUACAAGAAAAUUGCAGAGACUGUAGUAAAAGACCCAGGGGAAAUAAUCUAAACAAGGUUAAUUGUGCAGCAGUAGUGCCAUUGAAGUACACCAAAACUGACACCAGCAGUGAAUGUAGAAGGAAGUCUUGCCAGAUGUUUACGUUGCCAAGCGACAUUAUACAAAGAUUUUCUACUGUUUCUAAAAUUGAAAAUUUCCCACUAACUUCUAAAAAUGAUACAAGCCAAAGACUGCCCCCAACUACUCACACAGUGAGUAUCAUCAGUGACGGACAGAAGAAGACUUUUAAUUGUAUGCCACCCUUUUCCUUUCCAACCAAGUCUUUAGGUGAGAAGAGCACUGCAUCUAUACCAUCGCUCAAAAGACAGCAGGCUACAGCUGUGAGGAUUAAACAACCAUUAUCAGCAGCACGGAAUAAAGAAUUGAUAUCGGGAACCCUUGAGAAAGCAUGUUUCCUUAGAACAUCCAGUGAAUUAACAAGGGCCACCACAGAGACCAGGCACCUGCCUCUGUCUCUGCAUGACAAGCAGAAGGAGGAGCCACUCAAAUGUAUAUGUCUUUCUACUGACUACAUGGGAAAGUGUCCAUUGGAAAAAAGCAAACAGACAUAUUCUUCAUCAGGAAAAGAGAAUCUUGAUAAAAAUCUUGCUGUCAUUAAAAGAGUUUAUGAAAAGUCAACAGAAGAACAACCUCUCAUGUUUGAGCAUAAGGAGCUGAAAAACAUAAAGCAUCCUCUGAAGAAUGAUGACAAAGCUCCAAAACUGAUGCAAAAAAUCCACGCUGAAGUGUUCCCUGAUGUAUCAGGAAAUGUCAAACUACGGUGCCUGAUUUGUGACAUCCAUGCUGAUUCCACCAUUAUAUGGACAAAAAAUGGAAUUGUAUUGACUAAAGCAGAAAGAAGCGCAGGAGAUGACAGUCCUGUCUCCUUGGCAAUAGUACAAACUACUAUGAAAGAUCGAGGGUUAUAUCAAUGCUCCUUGAAGAACAUGUAUGGAAGUGUGUCCUGUGAGUUUGACUUCACCACUGAAGUUCUGAAUGAGCUUCUUAGUUAUCAAGUUGUUGAAGGGCACGGCUGCAUCGAGUCAAACAAUUACAAUGAUCUUCAUGCUUUCCCUGAUUCAGGGACAGGAGAGAAGAUUGAGUUGUUACAACCCAUAAUUGAAAAGGAUCUCACAAAUGAGUGCAACUUUAAUGUCAAGAUGUGUGGCAGUAUUGCAACAGAAGAGUUACAUUUUGGUGAAGGAUUGCACCGAAAAGCAUUUAGGACCAAAGUUAUUCAUGGCCUUUUACCUCUGUUCGAUCCUGGACAUAGGUGUGUCUUAAAAAUUCACAAUGCUAUUUCGCAUGGAACCAAAGCAAACAGCGAGCUCAUCAAACAGAACUAUGUACUGGCAGUACAGGAAUGCCACGUACAGAGUGCUGCUCGGCAAUAUAGCAACAUGUUUUCUGCAGAGGGGACAUUGUUAGAAGGCUUUGGCAAAGCUCCUGAAGUCAUUCCCAUUUAUCUCAUUCAUCGGCCAGCAAACAACAUCCCUUAUGCAACAGUAGAAGAGGAACUGAUUGGGGAGUUUGUUAAGUACUCGGUGAAGGAUGGCAGAGAGCUGAAUUCUGGUAGGAAAGAAUCUGAUGUCGGUCUGAAAUGUUGUACAUUUCAACAUUGGGUUUAUCAAUGGACAGAAGGUAACCUCCUUGUCACAGAUAUGCAAGGUGUUGGAAUGAAAUUAACUGACAUUGGAAUAGCAACUAGUCGAAAAGGAUACAAAGGGUUUAAAGGGAACUGUUCCAUUUCCUUUAUUGACCAAUUCAAAGCUCUCCAUCAGUGUAACGUAUAUUGUAAAAUGAUGGGUCUGAAAUCUCUGAAUCAAUAUAAACCCAAGAGGAUUUCCCCAAUGAAAACCCAAGCAUCACAACCAAUCCCAAAAUCUACAAAGAAAAUGCCAUCAAGUCCUCAGAGCACAAGACGAAGCUUUGUAAGGAGUACAUUUGGAGAUAAAACUUCACAGAAACAUUUAUAAAUGCUAGAAACAAUCAGUUCUGCUGCUGCAUGGGCCAUGUAUCUUAUUUAUGAUGGUUAUGUAGCAUCACAUUGUCUAUCAUAAAGAUUUUUGUCAAACUUAUCAAUGCAAGUGAAAAAAAAAGAAUAAAUUCAUCAAUCCCAGACAUUCAGGAGGGACUAAACCCAGAGAGAACACACUGCACUAAGCUAUUGUAGCUAUAUUUGGGAAGAUACCAUAACCUGAAUAGAAUCUUAAUGAUCAGUUACUUGGAUGGUCUUAAGUCUCCAAAGUCCUUCACUUCAUUGCUACCUGUUUCGCAGAAUUUUAUGGCUUCUGCUGUGGUUACUGCUCUGAUGAAUUUUAUUUACUUCCAUCAACGUCCUGAUGCAUCAAACUACACAGUCUUCCUGCACUCAGCAUUCUUCGUGCAUUAAAGUAAAAAUUCAUUGUGCCAUCCCAUGAUAGUUUCCCUAAGACUUGUAACUUGUAACUUGUCCUUUCCUCAACCAUCCUGUCCUAUUAAGUAUUUUUAAUAUCAACUGUGGUUUCAUCCAAUUACUAUUUCUUGACUUAUCUGCUUUCUUACUUUGAUUCAGCUUUUCUGGUGCUAUGUACCAUGUAAUUUAUCUGUUGACUUAGAUUUCUUAAAAUAAAAAUAAGAAGCAAAGCCAUCACAA